AGUUUAAAACUGUCUGUAGUUUAUCCACCUUCAGUUGAGCUUUGCACACACAGUUCACUGCAGCUUCUCUUACUUCCAAGUGGCCACUUCUUUCCUCGCUGCGAGAAGCCUCUUAGCCCAAGGUCAAGAUGGAAGCAAUUAAGAAGAAGAUGCAGAUGCUGAAAUUGGAUAAGGAGAAUGCCAUAGACAGAGCAGAGCAAGCCGAGGCUGAUAAAAAAGCAGCUGAGGACAAGUGCAAACAGGUGGAGGAUGAAUUGGUUGCAUUACAGAAGAAGCUAAAAGGAACAGAAGAUGAACUAGACAAAUAUUCGGAAGCUCUGAAGGAUGCUCAGGAGAAAUUGGAACAAGCAGAGAAGAAGGCCACUGACGCUGAGGCUGAAGUAGCCGCAUUAAAUCGCCGUAUUCAACUUGUAGAAGAAGAGUUGGACAGAGCUCAGGAACGCCUUGCCACUGCCUUACAGAAACUAGAAGAAGCAGAGAAGGCAGCUGAUGAGAGUGAGAGAGGUAUGAAGGUUAUAGAGAACAGGGCAAUGAAGGAUGAAGAGAAGAUGGAGAUUCAGGAGAUGCAGCUGAAAGAAGCCAAACACAUUGCAGAAGAAGCUGACCGCAAAUAUGAAGAGGUUGCUAGAAAACUUGUCAUUCUUGAGGGCGAACUUGAGAGAGCAGAGGAGCGCGCAGAAGUUUCAGAACUCAAAUGCAGUGAUUUGGAAGAAGAGUUGAAAAAUGUGACCAACAAUUUAAAAUCUCUUGAAGCUCAGUCUGAAAAAUACUCUGAAAAGGAAGACAAAUAUGAAGAAGAAAUAAAGAUUUUAACAGACAAACUUAAAGAGGCAGAAACCAGGGCUGAGUUUGCAGAAAGAACAGUUGCCAAACUAGAAAAGACCAUUGAUGACCUGGAAGAAAAGUUGGCAAAUGCCAAAGAAGAAAACGUAGGAAUGCAUCAAGUUCUGGAUCAAACACUACAAGAACUGAACAAUUUAUAAUGUGAAGAUGCUUUUGCAUUCCUUAAACUAUUCCUUUUACACAGUUCCUCCACCCCACCCCCACUAUCUCACCUAUAAUCUUAGCAUUCCAGGAAAGAAGAAAAAACAAAAACAAACGUUACCAAAUAUUAUUUUUAAGCAACCUCUGAAAGUACAAGUCCAGAAUCUCAUUUUACAUUGGUGUAUUGUACUUUUUUUUAAAUUGCGUUUUUUUUUUUAUAUACAAAGGUCCCAAUGUACAUUCCAUUCCACAAUAGUCAUGUUAUACUUUAUCUUUCUCAUGUUAUCUUGUUACAGGACCAAAAUGUGUUCAUAUAAAAAUAUGAAAAACGA